GUCAUUCUCCUCCUUUCUUCCUUUCAGUGAACGCGCAUCACUCGUGAGAGACGGCGCUCCGGACCCAGAAGUUUCUCGUUGGUCGGCUCGGCUCGGCUCGGCUCGCUCUGCUCUCCCGCGAUUUUCUUCCGUUCCUACCGGUUUCAUUUUCACCCUCAUCCUCACUUUCUUCCACCCCCCCUGGACCCGAGGACCCAGCCGGGCCGUACUCGCCGACACUGGGCGUAGCUGGAGAGGACUUAGCUCCGACUGACCAGACCUCGUCGUCUCCAGAAAGCCUGUAGACCCUGUGGCCAUCCUGUGAGAUUUGAGUCAGCCCCCCUGCCUUGCAGAGACGGACCGCCACCACUCGAGGAGAGAUGAAGCCGGAUGGGGUCGCCACGGCGGCGCUGGAGCCCAUGGAAACGUUGGAAUCCAAUUCAGUAAAUGAGGCAGCGCUUGCUGCAGGACAGGAGCCCAACCAGGCGGCCAGUCCGGCGGAGGGGGAGAUGCCACAGCAACCUGCAGCAGAGACGGGCCAGGUGGAACCCAAGCCAGACCAGGCCAAGGAAACCCCAGCUGCCAAGACCGACAACAAGACGUCAGGCGACUCCAAAGCCAAGCCUACCAACAAGGCCACGGCCAAGACGAAACCUGGCACCACGGGCCCAACCAAGACCACGCCUGGGUCAACACGGCCCAACACGUCCCAGAGCCGCCUCUCCAAUGGCGCGUCCAAGCCCCUGACCAAUGGCAUAGUGAGAGCACCUGCUGCAUUGAAAAAAAGCACCCCGACCCCGCCUCCAGCUAAAAAAACGCCAGGCCCGACCCCUGGCUUGGCCUCCAAAAGCAAAGUAGGUGAGAAGAAACCCACAGGGGCGUCCCCUGCCACCAAUGGCGCAAAGUCGAUGACCGGAACAGCAACGGCAGCCAAGAAGACAGCGUCCGCCACUGCUGUUGGUGUCAAAACCGGCACCGCCUCCACUGCUAAAAAGCCCCCAGCUCCCAAGCCAGCAUCUGCAACUCCCACCAAGCCCAGCUCUACUGCCUCACCCAAGCCCUUUGUUUCCAAGACAACCAGGGCUACACCCGGCACGGCAGCGUCAUGUCGUCCUGCCACAGGCCCAAGCCGGCCGCCCACUACCGGCCCAACCAAGAGCUCCCCAGCUGCAGGCAAAACUACCACCCCUAAAACCUCCUCCACCACUGCCAAGCCCGCUGCCUCCAGACUAACCUCCACUACCCCCUCUGGUGGAAAACCUCUAGCAUCGCAAACAUCCAGAAACACAACCCCUGUGAAAAAAGAUGUUACCAAACCAACCACUUCAGCAUCCAAAAAGCCUGCAGAGUCCCCACUCACUCGCCCGUCCUCUACAACAAAGUCUGCAAAACCUGAGACCCCAAAAUCUGCCGCCACCGCCAAAAAGCCUGCCGCCAGUAAGGCUGCAGACACAAAGACACCCAUCCGCGCCAAAGCAGACGUAAGUAAGCCCACACCUUCUAAGGAUGCCCCCAAGACCCCUGGCUCCAAAGCAGCUGCAGGCAAGGCCUCCACCCCCAAGAAAACUGUGGGCAGCAGCACCCCGACUCCAGUGAAACGCGGCCCCAAAGUUGCAACUGUUGCAGAACCCGGAAAGGAAAUCGCCGCAGCCGUCGCCGCAGCUGCUGCUAUCGCGACUGCGGCAUCUGCCGUCGCAGGGCCACAGGAACCAGAACCAGCUGUGGAGCAAUCUGCUGCAGAUCUGAUGUCCUGCCAGACCGAAGCCGGGCAAGAAAAACUUUCAGACCCAGCACCAGAACCAGUACGGGAACUAACACCAGAACCUGUACGGGAACUAACACCAGAACCAGUACGGGAACUAACACCAGAACCAGUACAUGAACCAAGACCAGAACCAGUACGGGAACUAACACCAGAACCUGUACGGGAACUAACACCAGAACCAGUACGGGAACUAACACCAGAACCAGUACAUGAACCAAGACCAGAACCUGUACGGGAACUAACACCAGAACCAGUACAUGAACCACGACCAGAGCCAGUACGGGAACCAUCUCCAGAGCCCCUCCCAGAACCACUGUCUCAACCAGAGUCAGAUCUAGGAGCUGAACUAGUCCAGGAACCAGGCUCCAAUGCUCCGCUGUCCGCUCAUCUGGACCACUUCAAAUACGAGGAGUCUGCCAAGGAAUCGGUUCCUUGCCUGGGAACGACUGUUAUGUCUCCUCCUUGUUCCCCACCGGGCCCCGUGUCCCCUGUCAGAGAGCCACAGAAUGCCUCUUCUCUGCUGGACAUGCACAUCCAGGCCAAUCCCUGGGGUGACAACCAGGCCCUUGGUCUGUCUGACUUCGCCCCUCAGAGUCUCAAUACAAUGAACUUCCACACAGAAGAGGAGAAGGAGAAUGAAAACCAGUUUGAGGCACAGACGACAAGGGAGGAGGAAGAAGAGGAGGAGGAGGAAGAAGAAGAGAAGGAGAACCUGUUUAUGCCGACCUCCACAGCUCCAUCUGCAGCCACCUUCAACAUGAUGGCACAGCCUCUCUUGCUGGGUGCCUCGCCAAUGGGUGAUUUCACCUCCAGGGACCUGAUCUCCCCGCACGAAAAGGAGGAGGCAGUGGAAAAGGCUGAUGAGGAGAUAAAUGAGGAUGAUGAGGAGGAGGAGGAAGAUGAGGAUGAGGAACAGAGGAGACUAGGCCACCAGCCUUCGUCCCUGGCCACCGACAUGAGCACGUCCCAGCCCUCUGAGGAGUUCCAAGUGAGGCCCUCGGCUUUCGGCGGCUCCGCUGCAUGGCACGGUGACGACCUGCUGUCAGGAAUGGACUCUGAGGACGUGAGCAGCUGCACCAGCAGCCGGCAGCAGGGCGUGUCCGACCUCAGCAGCACCCAGCACACCGCGCUGCUGGAGGGCACCCAGAGCUCCGACGCCCUGGUCGACUCCAGCCUGCGCGGCUCCGAGGGAGACGGCAACCUCAUGGGCUCUCCCAACGUGGAAACACUGGCCAACGAGGAGGAGGAGGACGAAGAUGAAGAGGACGAGAGGGUGGACGAUAUGGACCUGAGCUCAGAGAGAGUGGAAGAGCAUCACAAGGCGUUCCAGCAGCAGGAGCGGGACGAGGACGAGGAGGACGAAGAUGUGGAGAUGCACAGCGAAGGGGUGACGGAGAGCUGUGGGAAUGUAGACGAAGAUGAUUUCAAUGAGGAAGAGCGUCAAGACAACCUAAAUCGGUCCGGUCCUCCACCAUGCGUCCCCCUGCCUCAUCCUGGGGCCAGUCCAACCCCUUCGGAGACACCUGGACUCAACCAGCCUCCCUGCCCGCUGUCUCCUCCCCAAGCCCUGUGUCCGACCACGUUGCGGAGGAAUCCGAGACGCCAAUCCUGUCUCCUGCCCACGCAGGUUUGGACAGCAGUGCCCCGUCCUUUGCCCAUGAGUCAGAGCAUGAGCCACGGCAGCAUCAGUCAGCCUUCGAGGAGAUGAAGAGCUCUGCAGAUGAAGACGCUCAUGUCCUGUCCACGGCUCCAGGGAUGUCCCAGCCCGGCGCAGCUCAGGCCGCGCACAGCAGCAGCGAGACG